GAUUCAUUCAUCAUUACCUGACCAGAAACGUAUCAUAUUCUUUCCUUUAUAAUAGAAUCUGCCAUUGUCAAGUUUUUCUGUGCGGACAGAAAAGAGUUGAAAACAAAAUGCCGUUGAAGCUUUUUGACGCGACAGUUUCCACCUUCGAUGGAGUCUUCGACAAGUUCCGAUCAGAAGCUUCCCAAAACAAAGCCAAUCUCAUCCUCUUCUUGGCUGACAAAGACCCUGCUACUUCUCUUAGCUGGUGCCCUGAUUGUGUAAGAGCGGAGCCUGUGAUCUACAAGAAGCUGGAGGCUUCACCUGAUGACAUAGCACUUAUAAGAGCCUAUGUUGGAGAUAGACCAACAUGGAGGAACCCCCAUCAUCCAUGGAGGGUGGAUCCUAAGUUCAAGCUCACCGGGGUGCCAACUUUGAUCCGUUGGGAGAAUGAUGAGGUCAAAGGUCGCCUUGAGGACUAUGAAGCUCACCUUGAAAACAAAAUUGAAGCACUUGUAGCUGACAAAUGAUUUCCCUAUGCGUCUUAUAUAGACGGCUGGUAUAACCUGUAGUUUAAACAGUUUAUGGUGUACUCUUUUCAGUAAUCCAUCCCUCUCAUACUGGGUUUGCAACUUUGCUGGUAAAGCAUAUAAUAAAUGUUGAAUGUUUGAGUACAAA